AGGCCCGGUGAGCUCUCGCGCUCGGGCUGCUGUGUGAGUGUCUCUUUAACAGACUGACGCUGCUUCCUGCCGCAGACACACCAACCUCGCCUCUCUCUCUGCGGCGGCUGCCUUCUACAAGCCCCCACAGAACCACACAGGACCGGGACCGGACCGGACCGGGACACAGGGACGCAGAAGAAAACAGAGACCUACAGAAACCAUGACAGAAACCUCUAAAACCCACGUCAUCCUGCUGUCCUGCGGCAGCUUCAACCCCGUCACCAAGGGACACAUCCAUAUGUUCGAAAAAGCCAGAGAAUAUCUGCACAAAACAGGUCGUUUCAUCGUGAUUGGAGGAAUCAUCUCACCGGUGCACGACUCCUAUGGGAAACCUGGUUUAGUGCCCAGCAGACAUCGUCUCACCAUGUGUCAGAUGGCUGUUCAGUCGUCUGAUUGGAUCAGGGUGGACCCCUGGGAGUGUUACCAGGACACCUGGCAGACCACCUGCAGCGUGCUGGAGCAUCAUCGUGACCUGAUGAAGAGAGUCACCGGCUGUAUUCUGUCCAACGUCAACACGCCAUCAACAACUCCUGUGAUUGGUCAGCCACAGAACCAGACUCCACCCAUCUACCAGAACCACAACAGCAUGAAUCACAAGCCCACAGCCAUCAAACUGUGGGGGAAGGUCAGUGAGAGUCUGGGGAAGAUCUGCUGCGUCCGCCCUCACAUGGAGCGCUUCACCUUCGUCGAUGAAAAUGCCAACCUGGGGACUGCGAUAAGAUACGAGGAGAUCGAGUUACGCAUCUUGCUCCUGUGUGGCAGUGAUCUCCUGGAGUCCUUCUGCAUCCCUGGCCUGUGGAAGGACAGUGAUAUGGAGGUGAUCGUGGGGGAUUUUGGGAUCGUGGUGGUUCCUCGUGAUGGAGCCGACACAGAGAAGAUCAUGAAUCACUCCUCCAUUCUCCGCAAGUACAAGGACAACAUCAUCGUGGUGAAAGAUGCCAUGAGUCACCCAAUGUCUAUCGUCAGCUCAACCAAGAGCAGACUGGCCCUCCAGCACGGUGACGGCCAUGUUGUGGACUACCUGAGUCAGCCCGUCAUCGACUACAUCCUGCAGAGUCAGCUGUACAUCAACGCCUCAGGAUAGAGACAACGACCUGCCUGCAUGAGAACAGGGAGAGUGGAGGGGGGGGGGCCCUACCUGACAACCACCAUCAUCUAUAUAACUAUUGCCCCCUCCCAAAAAAACGUCCUUUUCUGUCUUGUGUCAAACAUAUACUCUUCUUUGAGCUGUCGCUUUCCAACGGGAGCAUUAGAGUCCUCCUUCUGUCUGUGUCAUGUGACUUUACCAUCGGGCAGGGGUGGGGGUGGGGGGUUAUUUUGGGAUGAGAUAGGGGGUGUUGGAGAGGAGGUAUGGAGGUAAUCCCUAAGGGCUGCAGAGCUGUCAUUGAUGUAUUUUUCCACUGCAGUGGUGACGGCAGUGUUUUCUCACUCUGUUUGUUAUCUGUCUUUAUUAAAGUUUGGGGGUGCAUGACACACAGCCAGGCAUGCUCAGUGUACCAAUGGCAGAUGGGAAAAACAUUUCUUCUGUAUCAGGGUGGCAUUUAGCUGAAAGGCGACAGGGUUUUUGGGCCUCAUGCAAGAACCACUCGUACGAACAGAUUCGUUGUUACGUAUGAGUUACUUAAGAAAACAAAUUCCCCAAUUUUCUCAUAUUUAUAAUUUUCUUUUUGGUAUGUAUGAAAUAAACAAGGGGUCCUUUCUCAAACUUGUUUGACGUAAGAAUUAUUAUUCCUUAAUCUCAGAUAAUUUGGAGUUUAAUUGUACCAAAAUCAACUAAAACUAAAAUAUAAAAUAAUCAAACAAAUAAAAAUGUAAAACUAAAUGUAAAAUUGCUAAUAUUCUGUUCAAUGUCAUGUGUCUUGUUCGCUAAGCUCCGCCAUUUUAGUUACCGUACGCCUGUCAAGCAUUGUAUUUUUUAGCACAUAAUGUAUUCAAUGAUAACAGUUGCAGACCAUUGAAAUCUACAGUAAUUCUUGAAACAGUGGGUCCUUGAUUUCAGAUAGAAGUAGACAAAAGCAGCUCCUCAUUUUAAUCGCCGUCUGACGAUGAAAUAACAACUGUUGUCAGCAGAACUUAUUACCUGUAACUAGCUAGCUAAUUAAGCUAAUGUUCACUCCACGAGUUGAUUGAAAACUCUGUCUCCAGCUGAGUUUUUAAUGUUUGUUGCUGACUUGUUUUUAUUGAGAACCCUGCAAAAGUUUUUAAAAUAUGAUGGCUACAUACGCGAUAUCAUGCUAACAGGCUGAGGCUAAAGCUAACAGGUCCCCAGACAUUGAAAUAAAGGAGCAGUAUUGUUCUUGUGUUGCAAAGUAAAGAUAGUUAGUUAUAUAUUAAUAUAACAUAUAAUAUUAGUGUAGUAUGAGAAGAUAGAAUUUAAGUUAUUUCAUUCUAACAGAAUGCAAUACUAUAGAAAAACAUGCUUCAACAAGCAACAAAGAUUUAUGCUUUAUUGUUUGUAUUUUUGACCUCCUUCUAUUGGAAAGCUUGGCUUUAGAGAUUUAUUGUUUAUCGUUGUUUGGGUUCCCCUAAAACCACUACUGACACUGCUACAUAUAAAAACUUUGGAAACAACUAGUAAAGUUGGACCUUGUGUGUCAAACUGCUAAAGCUCCACACUGUGAAGUUCGUAUAUUUACUCUUCGGUGACAUUUGUGUGAAUAAAACUAAAAAGUUUUCACUAAAGCUGAAACAUUUCAUGGAUCUUUGCUUCAUUCGUCUUCCCAUUGACUUCGUAUGCAAUCGCGCUGCCUCUAAAAUCCACUUUGCGUUCUGUCUGAACGCAAAGUAAUAAUAAUAAUGCACAAAUGUUCUUGCAUGAGGCCCGCUGUCUUCUGCAACGUUGGAAGGAAAUCUAACUUGCAGAUCAUCUCGGCUGUGCUGGAGUUCUGCAACAAGUACGCUCAGCUACCGUCUGAGGUCCUGCGGUAGCUGCAGCUGAAACUGUACAUAGUGCCACAUCAGUCCGAGUUCAGGUCAACAGUUUAACCUCUGAGCUAAAUCACAGCUAAAGGUAUAUUAACCUGCAGGUAACCAUAGCAACAGUACUGAUGCUUCUGAUACUACCCUAACUGUGGGUUAAACAUGGCGGAGGACAGAAUGGACUCCCAGGUGUCCGUUAUGGGGAUCCUGAAAAUCAUUUGACAUAUUGAUGAUGAUGAUGAUGAUGGAAACUUUUCUAAAACAUAUCCUCAGCAGCAGUGUUGUUGUGGAGUGAAAACGGUUGCUUUUUUCUUCUUCAUGUGGUCCUGUUAGCUCUUCUUAGACUGCAUGCUUAGACAGUUUGGUUCUGGCAUGAAUGUUUAUCACUUGGUAGAAUAUGAUCUGUAGUGAAUGUGUUUGCAAAAAAGAAACAACACAAAAAGUAUAUACAUAUAUACAUAUAUAUAUAUAUAUAUAUAUAUAUAUAUAUAUAUAUAUAUAUACUUAUAGAGUGGGGAUCUUCAUCACCCACGUCUGUCCAUUUUCUAUUCACUCUGUAAAUGUACUGAAGACGCCUCAUCAAUGUGAAAUGUACAUUUGUUUGCAAUUAUUUGUACAUUUAUUCAUGUUCCCUGUGUGUGUGUGUGUGUGUGUGUGUGUGUGUGUGUGUGUGUGUGUGUGUGUGACUUUUCUGUUGCUCUGACUUCUUUUGAUUGUAAACUGUGAUGCACUCUUAAAAAUUAUGUGUGAUUUUCAAUGUGUGUGCGUCUGGUUUGGGGUUUCUCAGCACGACGUGUGUUUACAGACCAGGACGGACAUGUAGUGCAAUGUUAUCGAUAGUUUAACAACAUUUAUAUAACUGACAACUCUAACUCAUCUCAGAAGAAAGAUGGAUAUAAAGACAGAAACUAAACUGAAAGUGAAUUUGACAAAUCUUUAAUUUAUUUAUGAAUUUUCAUGUUCAACGAGCGUUUUUUUAAAAUAAUUUCAAAGUCUGGUUACAUGAAGCAACUUAGACCCUUAUUGAUAAAACAAUACUAACUCAUCAGUCGUCCAAUCCAGAAGACAGUCGACUGUAGGUGAAUCUGAGACUCAAAGACGGAUCUUCAGAUUGAGCUUUAUAAUAACUACAGGCUGUUCAACGCUGACUCUGUUCUGCGUGUUCGUCGUAAUCUGCCAGUUUCAUAUUAGAGAUAUUUACGUUACGUCUCAACACUGUGUACUUUAUGUCUGACAGGAGAUCGAAGUAUCGACUUUGAACACAGCAGCAGUAAGAGUGUCGGUGGGAUGAUUGACAGGCAGGCAGCUCCGCUUUCCUGACUUUUGACUUUUCAGAAGCUGACUUCAUCAUUCCUGCAUGUCCCAGGACUCAACAGUUAACUCUUGCCAUUCCAAUACCACAAUAAAGUUUAUUCUGUAGUAA